AUGUUAGGUAUUAGGAGAGGUCAAGGGUUUUUUGAACAACAAUCUGUACAACAAGGUAGCUUUAGAGGACGUGGUACUGGCAGGGGGUGUUUUCAGUGCGGAAGGGAAGGCCACCAGAAGAAGGAUUAUCUUGUAUUGAAAGCAAAAGAGUGCUAUCACUGCCACCAGCUGUGUCAUCGGAAAAGAGAUUGUCCUAUGUUGGCAAGAGUGACUUCAGUGGCUAGUGUUACCGGUUCUGGUAGAGGUUUUGCACAGGGGAGCUCGUCAAGAGGAGGUAGGGGUGUUACAAGUGGUUUGCAAGCCCAGGGAAGAGUGUUUGCUAUGACACUUGAGGAUGCUCAAGCAACACCAGAAGUGGUGACAGGUACACUUUCUAUUUUGGAUAGAAAUGUUACUGUGCUUAUUGAUCCUGGCUCAACUCAUUCAUUUGCUGCAUUAUCUAUUGCUAUACAUUUGGGUAGACCACUUUCAUUACUAGAUAGUAAAUUGUUUAUUUCUACACCAAUGGGUGAAAUGGUAGUGGUUGCAAAUGAAUAUUGGGAUUGUGUUUUACAAUUGGAAGAUAGACAGUUAAAGGUGAAUUUUAUACCGUUGGGUAUACCAGAUUUUGAUAUCAUUUUGGGUAUGAAUUGGUUAUCUGUGUAUCAUGCUUCAAUGGAUUGUUUCCGGAAAAAAAAUGUAUUUCAGAUACCAGGGGAGCCAGAAUUCAGAUUUACCGGAGAAAGAAAUAUUAUUCCAAACUGUCUCAUCUCAAUUAUACAAACCAGAAAGUUGUUGAAGAAAGGGUGUCAGGGUUACUUGGCUUAUGUGGUUGAUACUGAAAAUAAAGAGGUGACACUUGAACAUGUACUAGUGGUACGAAAAUUCACAGAUGUAUUUCUAGAAGAAUUACCAGGGUUGCCAGUGGACAGAGGGGUAGAUUUUACCAUUGAGUUGGUAUCGAGACCAACUCCAAUUUCUAUCGCUCCGUAUCGAAUGGCACCAACAAAAUUGAAAGAGUUGAAGAUACAAUUGUAG